AGCAGCAGCAGCAGCAGCAGCAGCAGCAGCAGCAGCAGCAGCAGCAGCAGCUGCGGGGGGCCGGGCUGGGCCGUGACCCGCGCUGUCCCGACGGUAGAUCUCGAGUUCUUCUUGAUUUGCUAGUGCUCAGCUUCCUCAUGCCUCCGUCUCCUUUAGACGACAGGGUAGUAGUUGCACUUCCAAGGCCGGUGAGACCUCAGGAUCUCAACCUUUGUUUAGACUCUAGCUAUCUUGAAUCUGUCUCUUCUGCCAGUGAGAGCCACUCCAGUCUGCUCGGCACUGCUGUCGUGUCCCUCAAGACUGCUAAUCUCACGUAUAUGCCCUCAUCUAACGGCUCUGCACGCUCCCUGAGUUGUGGAUGCAGCAGUGCCAGUUGCUGCACUGUGGCAACAUACGACAAGGACACUCAGGCCCAAACUCAAGCGAGCACCAGUAGCGCCCACGCCGGAGCGUCUACCUCCUGCCCUGCCAACCAGAUGGUCAACAGCAAUGAAAACGCCGGCAGCUUGAGCCCGCUGGGUGGAGUGGGGAGCCCAGUCUCGGGCACAACCAAGCAGCUAGCUAGCAUAAAAAUCAUUUACCCCAGUGAUCUGGCAAAGAAGAUGACCAAAUGCAGCAAGAGCCAUCAACAGAACCAAGGACCUGUCAUCAUUGACUGCAGGCCUUUCAUGGAGUAUAAUAAGAGCCACAUUCAAGGGGCUGUUCACAUUAACUGUUCUGACAAGAUCAGCCGGAGAAGGCUCCAGCAGGGCAAGAUCACUGUCUUGGACUUGAUCUCAUGUCGGGAAGGCAAGGACUCAUUCAAGAGGAUUUUUUCCAAAGAAAUCAUAGUUUAUGAUGAGAAUACCAAUGAGCCAAGCAGAGUAAUGCCUUCCCAGCCACUCCACAUAGUGCUGGAGUCACUCAAGCGAGAAGGCAAGGAACCUCUAGUCCUAAAAGGCGGCCUCAGCAGUUUCAAACAGAACCACGAAAACCUUUGCGACAACUCUCUCCAGCUGCAAGAGUGCCCGGAAGGUGGAGGCGGCGGUGCAUCUGCGGUGCCCCCCAUGCUACCUCAGUCCAUCCCUACCACACCAGACAUCGAGAAUGCCGAGCUCACCCCCAUCCUGCCCUUCCUCUUCCUCGGAAACGAGCAUGAUGCUCAGGACUCGGAGAAAAUGCAGAGGUUGAACAUAGGCUAUGUAAUCAAUGUGACCACUCACCUGCCCUUGUAUCAUUAUGAGAAAGGCAUAUUCAACUACAAGCGGCUACCAGCCACUGACAGCAACAAGCAAAAUCUCAGGCAGUAUUUUGAAGAGGCUUUUGAAUUCAUUGAGGAAGCUCACCAGUGUGGAAAAGGUCUUCUAAUUCAUUGCCAGGCUGGUGUAUCGCGAUCUGCCACCAUAGUUAUAGCAUACUUAAUGAAGCACACGCGCAUGACCAUGACGGAUGCCUAUAAAUUUGUAAAAGGCAAACGACCAAUCAUUUCUCCUAAUCUUAACUUUAUGGGGCAGUUACUGGAGUUUGAAGAAGAUCUAAAUAAUGGUAUUACACCACGAAUUCUCACACCAAAGUUGAUUGGCGUAGAAACUGUAGUGUGACCAUGAAGCUACAAGGAGUGGGUUAAUGAAGGGAUUAAUAUGUUCUUCACCUAAUUUAGGGCAGU